AUGGUUGCGGAAGUAGUAGGCGGUGGCCAGAACGAGUUUCCCGUGUUUAUCCCACCGAGAAAGCGACAGGCGGGAAGAAAAACCAACCAUGGCAAUAUCGACCAUCAUAUCGACCACAUUAAUGUACAGGGUACCCGCAAAGAUUGGGAUUUAACACCGGAACGCCAAGACUGCCGGAAGCCGACGAAGCGUUGGAACAGCGAGGAGAUUAUCGAGAUAAGGGCAGGCGGUAAAGGGUGUCCCAUGGCGACGACGGCGGUGGCGAAUGGUGCCAACGAGGACGAGGACGAUCUCAAUGAGUUGCAACAGUUUCAUCCACUCAAGGACAGUUCCACCGUUACGCCGAGCAGCAUCUCCGAGAGCAGCUUGGACCGGAAGUCGAGCAAAUCGGCCGAACUGUUGACCGGUGGCAGUGGCAAGCGGUCCAAAAAACGCGUAAACAUUCGCACCGAUCUCGACGAGAUCGGUCGACGCCGAUCGCCAUCGGUGAUUGGCAACUACGAAGAUCUCGAGUCGGGCGAAACGAGUGUCCUGAACGCGGAACUUGACCAGCACAGCCUCGAGCGGUACAAUACGAGCCGUUCGUACGGCUCGUCGGCGGACAAUUAUCUGACGAUGACAGGCACGAUCAAGCGGGGUCGCAAAAAGGGCCAAUCGAUCGAUGUGCAGUUGAACAUUUCCCGCGAGGAGCUCGAGCAGAUUAGCAAACAAGCGCUCGCGGCCCACGACGAAACAUAUCGCACUCGGCAAGAAUGUUGCACACUACGCACCGGGCUCCAUAUCCUGCUACUGUCGAUCGUUUGUCUUCCUUUCGUGACGCUCACGACGGCAAUCUAUUCGUUUUACAUGGGCACCGUCACGUGGUACAACAUGUUUACGUACUUUAACGAAGAGCGAUCAUACUUCUACAAGCUGAUCAUGUCUCCGCUGCUCAUUCUAGCCUAUCCACUGGCCAUCGUGCUCUGCACCGUAGGGUUGGCACUGUACGCAGGUUUCCGGCAGCUUAGCUUCCACUUCCGGGCAUGGCUGAACGAGGUGUCUGACAUCGAGAAGGGAUUCUACGGUUGGUUGUGUUCAUUUCUGCACCUCUCCGAUUGUAGCCCGUACGAGGUGGUCAUACUGACCGAGAUUUGCCCACCGAACCCGAGUACCGCUCCCGGAAGCGGCGAUGGCUCUAGCCACCCGGCGGCCGGUGCUGACGGAAGGCUACAGGGAGAAUCAACACAGAUUAAUUCCUCCACCGAGGAGCUCUCGGUUUGA